AGAAAAUUGUACGAAUUUUUUUUCCAAUUUCUGGCCUUACAAAUUUCGCACAUUUUUGGAUCAGAUAUUUCUCUCAAAACAUUAGAGUGACUUUAUAAACUUUCAAUGUUUUCGGCGGAAGCAGCACUAGAACUAGAAAACAAAAUAAAUGAAUUUCCUUAUGUCGUUGCUGAGUUUAAAAAGCCCGAAAUCGCUUUCGGCUCCGGCACGGAACGCUUCACACGCAAGUCGACACGCGAUAAAAGAAGAAGAGCAAGAGUGAAGUUCAUCAUAAGGGAACAACUUGAGACACCAACUUAUAAAUAUGGCCUGUUGCACAAUUAUCCCUCAAAUCGUGGCUAUACCGCUAUGGCUAAUCGUUCGCCGCGUUUCAAGUUACCACCUGAAUCAAAAUAUCCCGCACCGAAUGCCUACGUUUAUGAGAGACCCCAAACAGCUGCAAAAAUGAGCUAUCCAUUUAAUACCAGCGAUGCUAGAUCUAGGCUGCCAUCGGGCAAACCCAUCGGACCAUCACCUUGCGAUUACUAUCUGUAUCGACGACGCAUGCAGCCAGUCGAGAUGGGUUUCGGUAAGCAGCGUUACGUAAUACCAGGCUACGCCGUCUUCUGUGGCAAUGAAAACAAGUCGCGGUGUUUUAAAUGCCAAACUCAGCCAGUCGGCGAUUACUAUCACAAUUUCGACGUGCACUUGGACCUUUGUCGGCCGUGUAUGAAUGCCGAACUAGCAGAGUUGAAUAAUUGUAAGUAUAAUCGUUUGAAGCGUUCGAGCCGGCUGCGUGAGUUGGGUAAAUUCAAGCCGGCGCGUUGGUGCCAUUUCUACCACAAACACUAUUACGGCAACUUAGCGGUGAACAAGUUUCCACUCACCACUUUGCGCUUGAAAAAUCGGGUGGAAAACUACUUGCAGUCAUACGACAAGCUGUUGAAGUGGUAUGUGCAAUAUUAAAGAUCGGCCACAGCUCGAGGCAUAAAGUUCAAAGAGGCGGCGAAAAUUAAAAAAAAAUUUAAAAUUAAAAAAAGAAAAGAAAAUAUAUAUAAAACACAAAAUUGAAAGAAAAAAUAUUAAAAUUUACAAAACAAUACAUAUAAAAAAAUUAUAAAAACUAGUUCAAAAUUAAAAAAAAAAGUAUUAAACUGUGUCCUUGAAGAUCUUAAAUGUAAACUCACACUGUA